UCCAUCAUGAUUGGCGGAGAUUGCUGUUCCAUAAUGUAUUUAUUCAUAACAAUAAAAAACAUAGUCAUCGCUACCAAACUGUUAACACCUAUCUGAGAUUAGCAAUUAUCAAUGUAUCGUUAUCGAUGUCGCACAAAACCACAUUUUUUCUUAUCGGAGACGCGGCUAGACAAUGUAAAAUAUUUUGUCUAUCAAAUCACCGCUCGAUGUUCAGUUGGUAGUUAUUAGCAGAAGCAUCAACAUGUUGUACAAGUAAUAACACCCGUAGAUUAUUCAACAGAUAGUAAAUAAUUUCUUGGUUAUAAUGAUUCGAUUACGGAAUGUGAAAGUGCAUCUAUUUUGGAAAAUAUAUCUGUCCACAUUGCUUUGCCUUGUGGUCUACAGCGAGUCUCUCAUACAUAUUUUUCACAGUCUGCAGUGGGCUCAAAUUGAAUGUCAUACUGACAACUGUUUAAAAGUGCUACUGGUAGCAGAUCCCCAAAUUUUGGGGAACACCUUCGAUACCAAAUUGUACUGGCCAUUAGCUAAUUACGACUCAGACAGACAUCUAGGGAUCACAUACCGUCGUGCAUUGCAGCACUCAAUGCCACACGUUAUUUGCUUUUUGGGAGAUCUAAUGGACGAAGGAAGCGUGGCAACUGUUGAUCAGUAUGAGGAGUACUUCCGUCGAUUUGCGAACAUUUUCCCACAGCCAACCGCGCACACAACGAUGAUCUACAUUCCAGGAGACAACGAUAUAGGAGGCGAAGGUUUCGAACCUGUGAAGGACGCUAAUGUUGAACGAUUUCGACAAUACUUCAAUGAACGUUCCUCUUGGAUGAUACCGAAUGGAAUGCAAAUAUACAAUGUGAACCGCAUAAACCGUGCGGUAGUUCGGAACGAAAAUCUCGAGUAUGAAAAUCAAAAUCUAUUCGUCUUUUUCAUCAGUCAUAUGAGCCUGCUAAAAUAUGCCGAUGUGUACUCAGUAAACGCUAUCAAGCAAUAUCAACCGGAUGUGAUAUUCUCGGCACACGAUCACACUUCCAAGUAUGCCAUUACUACGAAGAAUACCCUGGGAGUGGAGCCAAUUUUUUCGCCAUUAAACGUCAACCAGGCAACACGACAUGACAUUGUCUCAUUCAACUUGAACGAAUUUCGCAAAAACGGACAAUUGUUGGAGAUUUCCGUACCUACCUGUUCCUACCGAAUGGGCGUCAUGAAAAUUGGUUACGGCUUUGCUGUGUUAGACGGCGAAACACUUAGUUACACCGUAUUAUGGACGCCACAGCGCUUCUAUCAAUUAGCGUUCUACUCGUUGUUAAUCAUUCCACUCAAGUUGCUCUGCGGUCAAAUAUGGUGCAAUCUCUUUAAACGGUACUGGUGCUGCUGCAGGUCACGGAGCCGAAAUUAUCUACCGUUACACGUAGGAUAAAUGAAUGGAAUUCUCAAUCCUUUCUCCAAUUUUAAAGUAAGAAUUAAAGUUCUUCUCAUAAGAGUCAGUAUUUGAAAAUUCUCAGAUUCGAUUUUAAGUAUUAUGUGCCCGUAUAAAAUACCCAACAUUGGCACGGAACAGAAUUUAGAAAAUAAUGAAAAGAAACAAAUAAACUAUAU